AGUAAACACAGUCAAGCGAACCCUGCUUCUGUCUGUGAGCAUUGUGGUGAUCGUCGUGGUACUUAUCCGGCUAUCGUCGGAUUCGACGCCAGACCUGCACCAGGUGCUAAGUCCAGGUGUACCCAAGUCAGACUCAUCGCAACAGGAUCAUCAGGGCAGAGGACGAGGCCGGCGCGGGUCAGGACUCGGUCUUUCGGGAAAAUCGAACUCGGAGGAGCUUGAAAUAGCCCGCAAGCUAAACGAGCUGACCGAGAAGCUGCUGAACGAGCAGGAGGUUCGUUUAAAAAAACUGGAACAGGAUAGACAGAGACUAGAGAAACAGCUGAGCGAGCUGCGCAGACCGGACCCGGAGGCGACUCUGCGCGAGCGGUUGGCGUACAUGUUUCCGUACGAUCAGAACAGGAAGUUUCCUGCUUAUAUCUGGCAGUCGUGGAAGUACGGUCUGAACGACGCCAAUUUUGGACCCAGGUACAAAGAAGGAGAGGAGCAGUGGGCGUUGAAGAACCCGGGCUUUGUGCACGAGCUCUUCAACGAUGAUACUUCCAACGCGAUUGUCCACUAUUUAUACAUGCACAUGCCCGAGGUGGUGAAGGCGUACGAGCUGCUCCCCCACAUUGUGCUCAAGAUGGAUUUUUUCAGAUACCUAAUACUCUUUGCAAAGGGUGGAGUUUAUGCUGAUGUCGAUACACUGCCACUGCAGCCGAUCCCCAACUGGAUCCCAGAAAACGUCGACCCUUCGGAGAUCGGCAUGAUCAUCGGGAUCCAGUCCGACCCAGACACGCCAGACUGGCGCAAAUUCUUUGCCAGAAGACUGCAGUUCGCCAAUUGGGUGAUCCAGGCCAAACCGGGACACCCAAUUUUGCGUGAGGUGAUAGCUACGAUCACAGAGGAAACGCUCAGACGGGCCAAGGAAGGCACUUUGGACUUUGACGCCGCAAGCGACUUCUCGAUCAUGGAGUGGACCGGAGCUGGGGUCUGGACAGACGUCAUCUUCAAAUAUUUCAAUGAUUACGUUCUCAGUGGAAUUUUCUCCAAAGUCACCUGGAAAGACUUCACCAAGCUGGAUGUGCCGAAACUCGUGUCGGACGUGCUGGUGCUGCCCAUCACGUGUUUUUCGCCGGGAAUUGGCAAAAUGGGCGCCCACGACGCAGACCAUCCUUUGGCAUUUGUCAAACAUUACUCCGAACAUCUCUUUAGACAGUGAGGACUGCUCCAUUGAUAUUCCCAAAACGGUAAUAUUUUUGAUACAGCGAUUACGACUAAAACCAACUCGACACGGACCCCGGCUGGUAUAAAUCCUGUUGCGAGCGCUCUGUUGUGCUCUCAUGAGACCCACCGAAUUAGGAAGAGUCGAGGAGCUGCAAAGCGACAGCUACCAGGAAGAUUUCUGCGACUGCCACGUCUGCGCACUCCAAAACACAUUUAUACGACACAUUGCGCCAGUAAGUACACUUUCCAACUGAUGCUGACAACCAGCUGUUUGUUGCUGGCCUGCUGUUGCCUCCGGUGCUGCUUGCCGUUGUUGGUGCAAGGAUGUACUGCUGGUUUUACGACGAGUGGAAUCUUGGCCGAUCUGUUCGCAAGUCACGGCCCAGCGACGAUGGAAGCCGGUACGAGGACAAGAGCGUGGUUUCCGACCCGUUUGCGGACCCCACAGAUGGUUCAGGUGCCGACACUGGCAUCGAGGCGCGCUGGGAUGCGCACUGUCGCGUGCAAGAGGGCAUGUCUCGGUGGUCAGGUCGUGCUCUGAUUGGUCUGUUUGCGCAGGCGUGUUUGGGGAUGGUUGUUGCACUUGCUCUGACACAUCGGCGCUGAGAAGCGUGGAGAGUGGUUGGCAGGUGUCUCAGAAAAAUGCACAGCCGUGAUUUCCGUUUUGGGGUUGCAAAGGUGAAUUAUCAUACAGUGGUAGCUGACGGGAAAAUUAUAUAAAGCGAGCGGCAGGGAGACAGCAAAAUGCAUACAGAAUGGUUGAUUUCAAAGCGUUUUUGAUCAGCAUUCACGCGGUGUGCUUUGCGCUGAACGUGCCGCCGAUGCUGUGGCACAUCCGCGCUCGCAACAUCCCUGCGAGCGCACUGUUUAUCUAUCUGGAGAUUAUGAUGCUGGAGUACAUUGUUGCUGCCGCUUUAUGGGGCGGCGACGACUAUGCUGACGCGUGGGACGGCAGAGGCUGGUGCGACUUGACUAUUCGUGUACAGCUCAUGGCACAAUUUGGCAUCACCGGCUCGAUCUUCUGCAUUUUGCUCAAUCUGAUGAUGAUUUUACUAGCCAACCGGUGGACAGAGUACUGGUUCAACAGCAAACACACCAAAACGGCCGUUGAACUGUUCAGCGUGGUCGGAUUCCCGCUUUUGAUCGCCGUGUUUGUGUACUUUGCGCUCUACUUCAGAUACGCUAUCACGCAGUGCACAGGGUGUCGGCUGGUGUUCUUGAAAUACGGCAUUUCGCUGCUGCUAUACUACUUCUGGCUUCUGCUGUGGGCAGUGCUGUGUUUUGUCACUGCGCUGGCCACCCUGGCUGUGUUUUUCGCCAAGAGAAAGAACACCAGAAACAUCUUGCAGUGCACCAACUCAGGGUACUCGCUGCGCAGAUUUAGCAAAAUGCUCAUUUUCUGCUCGCUCGUGAUUGGUGCCAUGUUUCCGCUCAAGGUCCUGUCGCUGGUGCUAAACAUGAACGGCUGGCAGCCGCAGUUCAAGCCAGACUUUAGCAGAAAACUAUACUGGGACACAAUUCUGCGGCUUCCGUAUAACUCAUUCGACGACGCAGAACGGUGGAUCCAGAUCGCGAUGUCGGUUAUCGGCUUUGCGCUGUUUGGGCUCGGCGAGGACGCCGUGCGCAUGUACGUGGACUGGCUAGAGACGGUGCCUGGUGGCAGCCGACUGGUGCAGAGAUGGUGUGCAUGGCAGGAGUCCCGAAAAGUGGUCAAGAAACAGAACUACAUCUCCAGAAACACCACGUCCAGCACGCAGUACAGCUCAGAUUUCGGUUCCGACAAGGACUAUGUGCAGGAAUCGCCGGUCUCGAGCUGGGAACUGGACGACGUUAAAUCAGACGGCCGCAGUCCUUACGAUGAUUACGUCAGCACGCCGUCGUCGCAGCUGACGACGGCGCGCGACGAGGACAUCCGGCACGAGCUGCGGCAGGCGGAGCUGGACCUGCUGGACGAGGACAUACGCCGCGACUUGCGCCGGAUGGGCCUGGAGUACACAGACAUAUAAUUACUUAUUUCGAUUGAGCUAAGACUAACUUACAAAGCAGAUUUAAAAAAGGCCAGGCUUUAUUCCGACUCGGCUGGCUCCUCUCUCUUUGGGAAUCUGACAACCUCGAGGUUGUUUUGGAACAGGACCCACGAAAUAUAUUUGGAGCCGUCCUCUCUCUCAACGAGACUGUUAGACACGUCGGCUUCGACGUACACUCUGGCUCCCUUGCCAAGACGUUCGCUCAUGAAGUUAGCCUGGUUCUCAUUGAAACAGGCAAUGUUGAACCACGAGGUUGAGUCGUUGUUUUUCGAUCUGGAGUCGACCGCCAGCGAGUAUCUGACGUACUCCUUGCCGGAGGACGUGGUGGCCUUGGUGACGUCGGACCCGAUGGUGCCAAUGAGGUUGAUUUUGGCUAGCUGGGCUCUAGCAGUGCUAGAAAAGGUUCUGG